CCAUGGCGGAGCUGGCGGUGGGGCUGGCCAAGUCGGUGGUGGCGGGGACGCUGAGCAAGGCGCACGCGGCGGUGCAGGAGGAGGCCAAGCUGCGCCUCAGCGCGCGCCGGGACCUCGUCUUCAUCACGGAGGAGUUCGAGAUGAUGCAGUCCUUUCUCAACGUCGCCAACGCGGAGCGCGUCGAGAACCCGGUGGUGCGGACCUGGGUGCGCCAGAUCCGCGAGCUGGCCUACGACGUGGAGGACUGCAUCGAGCUCGUCGUCCACCUCGACAAGGGCAAGACCAGCUUCUGCUUCCGCCUCCGCCGGCUCUGCGUCCCCUGGGCGCGCCCGCCGCGCCCGCCGGCUCUGGACCAGGCGGUGGACGAGAUAGAGCAGCUCAAGGCCAGGGUCGCCGACGUCAGCACCAGGAACGCGCGCUACAGCCUCAUCAGCGACACUGGCUCCAGGCCCGUCCCGCAGCAGCAGCUGACGGCGGCAGCCGCCGCCGGCGACACGGACAUGCUCGCCGAGGCGAGGGAUGCCGCCCGGAGAGAGCACCACGUCCUCGAUCUCAUCCAGCUCAUCACCAGACAAGUCAGUGACGACCACGACCUUCAGGUGAUCUCCAUCUGGGGCUCCGCCGGCGAAAAUGGGACCACAUCCAUCAUAACCAAGAGCUACAUUGACCCAGAGAUCUGCAGAACCUUCACCCACCGCGCUUGGGUGAAGCUAAUGCGUCCUUUCAGUCCCCAAGAUUUCGUCCGGAGCUUGAUGCUCCAGUUUUGUGCAGCCACAGGUACAGAUGUGCUAACAAUGAUGCAGGAAACCCAGGAAGUUCUCUUCAGGGGCUUCCAGGAGCUACUUACACAGACACAGGGGAGGUAUCUCCUCGUCGUGGAAGACCUGUCAAACAUGGCCGAUUGGCAUUCUUUGAAGACUUUCCUUCCGGACAGGAUGAAAGGAAGCUGGAUCGUCGUGUCCACGCAGCAACCCGAAGUAGCAAGCUCGUGCAUCGGGGCCCCGUACCAGAUACUAGAGCUCAAACAGUUCUCACCCGAGCACUCUGUUUGUGCCCUCUUCAAGAAGGGUUCUCAUGACGGUGGAGAUAAAGGCAAGAAACCAGCUGACAAUGAUUCUUUUCUCGUUGGACGUGAGUCGCAAAUGAAAGAACUUUCUGAAUAUCCAGCAAAAGCACGUAUAAGGUAUUGCCAAGUUGUGUCUGUAUGGGGGAUUGCGGGUGUUGGGAAAUCAGCUCUGGUGAAAAAGUUGUACGAUGAGAAAAUGUGCUAUACAAAACUAUUUGAGAAGUAUCACUGGGUGAAUGUAUCUCAUCCAUUCAAUUUAAGGGAUUUCCGUCGGAGCUUACCUCCGGAUUUUCAUUUUAAGGAAUCAAGGUGGCUCAUUGUUGUUGAUGAUAUCCGGUCCAAAAAAGAAUGGGACUUGAUACAGUCUUCCUUGGCAAUGCCUAGAUCCUCUAUGAGUGUUAUUUUAGUCAUUACAACUGAUAAAAGCAUUGCUGCAUAUUGUGCAAAUAGCGAAGAGCUCAUGUUUAAUGUCAAAGGUCUAGAAGCUGCAGCAGCCUUACGUCUGUUCAGAGCUGAGGUAUCCAAGACAAAUCCAUCUGUCACGACAGCUCUAGAAGAUUUCCAAGUACAAGAACUUAUUUUGAAGUGUGGAGGUCUCCCCAAAGUAAUUGUUGCCAUAGCAGGCGCAUUGGCCAAACAAACGGUCACAUGGAUGGAUACUGUAGUUUCUUUGAAUCAGAGAUUUAUGCACCACCUGCAGACCAAGCCAGACUAUGAUAGUUUACGUGCUCUAUUUGGUUGGAUGCAUUCCUACUUCCACACUUGCCCAGAUUCACUCAAGCCAUGCAUCUUCUACCUGUCAAUCUAUCCUCGAGACCACCCCGUUCGGCGAAGGAGACUAGUAAGGCGGUGGAUUGCAGAGGGCUACUCCAGGGACGGCGAUGAAGAAUCAGCGGAGGAGAAUGGGGAGAGGCAGUUUUCCGAGCUCCUUGAUCUGAGCAUAAUCCAGCAGCUACCGCACUUAGUCACCAAUGCAUUGGACACAAGGAUGGCGUUAUGUCAGGUCAAUGGUUUCAUCCGCGAGUACAUCAUCCCGCGGCGAAAAGAAGAGAACCUUAUGUUUGAGCUGGGGGCUAAUUGUGCCCUAACCACUCGGCGCACAGGACGCCACCUUAUCAUAUUACACGACUGGAACAGAGACAGAAUUGUGUUUGAGAGCAUGGAUUUCUCGCGGCUGAGGUCACUAACAGUGUUUGGGAAGUGGGAAUCUUUCUUCAUCUCUGAAAAUAUGAUUCUUCUUCGGGUGCUUGAUCUAGAGGAUGCAUCAGGUUUAGAUUACGACGAUCUUGAGAACAUAGUAAAAUGGCUGCGUCGCCUCAAGUUCCUCUCAUUGCGAGGACGGCGUGAGAUCCACCAUCUGCCGGGCAAUAUGGAUCAUCUGAGGCAACUGCAGACUUUGGAUGUCAGAGGCACCUCCAUAGUCACCCUGCCAGAGAACAUCACGAAGUUGCAGAAGCUGCAGUACAUUCGUGCUGGCACCAACGACGUCCCAGCAUCUACAUCGCCGCCUAGUGCAUCCAACUGGCUACCCAAAAUCUGCGCAUGCCAUCAUAGAGUCGGCGUUGAGGUGCCUGCAGGAAUUGGGAAACUAACGGCAUUGCACACGCUUGGUGUUGUGAAUGUUGCUGCUUCAGGAGGGAAGGCCAUGGCGAAAGCCCUCAAGAAGCUCACACAGUUACGCAAGCUCGGAGUGUCUGGCAUCAACAGGAAGAACAUCAAAGAGUUUUUCUCUGCAAUCAAGGGGCAUGUUCAUCUGGAAUCAUUGUCAGUCCGGCUUGACAAGGACAAUCAAGGCUGUUUCUUGGAUGAUGAGAUAUCCUUGCCCUGGAAGAAUCUACGGAGUCUUAAAUUGUAUGGGCUCCAAGAUAGGUUGCCGUUACCAAGGGGCCUUGAAUAUCAGCAAGUAUUGAGUGACCAGUUCAGCAAACUCACGAAGAUGGAUCUGGAGAUGGCCACUUUAAAUGAACAAGACAUCAAAUUCCUUGGUGAGGUACCGAAACUAUGCAUUCUACGCCUUCGUAUCAAGCAGCCCAGUCUAAAUUUUAUCGUCAAGAUAGAUGCAAGCGUGUUGGCCGCCUACAAAAAGGUCAAGAUCCUCGAGAUUGGUUGCAGCUCCAGCCCAUUAUCAGUGGAAUUUGGAUCAGAGACAAUGAAAAGUCUUGAGCUGCUCAAGCUUGACUGCUCCAGUGGGACAACAUACGCUCUUGAUGGCCUGGAUUUUCUAUCUGAACUCAAAGAAGUCUCGCUUAUUGGUAGCAAGGAUGGUACAUUCAACACUGAACUGACGAACAAACUCGGCAAACACCCAAAGAAACCUGUCUUGAAGAUGGAGGAAUUACCACUUCCGUGCUGAAGGGCUAUUUUUUUUUAUGAUUGUUCCCUGGAUUCACUUCUACCCGCCACUAGCCCAUUCAAGUCUUUGCAAAGCCUGGUUGGUUUUUGCAACAUUAUGUACACGUAUUUGGUCAUUUAUCGGUUCCAUACAUGUGUUCUGUCAAAAAUGUACUACACUCUACAACACAUGUUUGUGAUUUGUUUUC